AUGCUUCACACAGUCCAACACGGGCACGAAGCCCAUCACGACCAGAACAUGCGCAACUCAACAGAAGCACUCGAACUAGCCCGGAGCGAUGGCAAGCGCCACAUCCUUCUAGCAGCCUCAGGGUCCGUUGCGACAAUAAAGCUUGUCCAGAUAAUAAACGGUCUCAAACAUCUAGAGAACAUCUCCAUCCGUCUCAUCCUUACACAAUCAGCAUCAGAGUUUCUGUCGGGCCAAAGUCUUGAACAACCUACCGUGGAACAGGUUUCCCGUCUACCACAUGUCGAUGCUAUUUACACAGAUGCCAACGAGUGGGCUCAACCAUGGAAACGCAAUGCGCCUAUCCUACAUAUCGAACUUCGACGCUGGGCAGAUGUACUAGUCAUCGCACCGUUGAGCGCGAAUACGAUGGCUAAGAUCGUAAACGGAAUGUGCGACAAUCUCUUAACGUCUGUUGUUAGAGCGUGGGACACCACAGGUACUGUGGAUGGUGUGAAGAAGAAGAUCUUGGUAGCGCCUGCUAUGAAUACGGCUAUGUUUACGCAUCCUAUUACUGCGACACAGCUUAAGGUGUUGGAGAAGGAUUGGGGAGGCGAGGGGGGUUGGUUUGAGGUUUUGCAGCCGAUUGCAAAGAGUUUGGCUUGUGGGGAUGUUGGGAAUGGGGCUAUGGUUACGUGGGAGAGAAUUGUGGAGGAGAUUGAGAAGAAGAUUACAAAUUGA